GGUUGUGGCUGCAUCUUGUCUGGUGACUUAUUUGAUUCUGCAAUGACUGGUCGCGGCAAGGGAGGCAAAGGACUUGGAAAGGGUGGCGCCAAACGUCAUCGCAAGGUUCUUCGUGACAACAUCCAGGGCAUCACCAAGCCCGCUAUUCGUCGGCUGGCUCGUCGUGGCGGCGUCAAACGUAUUUCUGGCCUGAUCUACGAGGAAACUCGAGGAGUUCUCAAAGUUUUCUUAGAGAACGUCAUCCGAGAUGCCGUCACAUACACAGAACACGCCAAGAGGAAAACUGUUACUGCAAUGGAUGUCGUUUAUGCCUUGAAACGGCAAGGACGCACCCUCUAUGGCUUUGGUGGUUAAAUCAUUACAACUACCAACGAUCUUUUUUCCUCAACAAACAAACAUCAUCAUCGAGGAAAAGAAAAAAAAAAGGACCUUAUUAAAGGUCCAUAUUGAUUUCAACGAAAAGAGUUUGCAAUUAGACAAUAUAUUACAUGAAUAGUAUAAAA